AUGUCUGUGACGUCAAGCUUAUAUUUCCUUUUAGUUCUCUCUUUUACUGUUCAAGCAUGGGACCAGUCUGACCUCGAAAUGUUCGAUCUUAUGGAGGAGAUGCGCACAAAUUUUUAUGAAUUCCUGGGCGUCCCUAAUACAGCAUCUUCUUCUGAGAUUAAACGGGCCUACCGGAAGCUAUCGCUGGAAAUGCAUCCAGAUAGGAACCCCAAUGAUCUAGGUGCUGAUGUGAAAUUCCGCCAAUUAUCCGUUAUUUACCAAAUAUUGAAGGAUGAAGAACGAAGGCAACAUUAUGAUGAAGCUUUGGAAAAUGGUAUCCCUGAUUGGAAGACUCCUCUCUUCUACUACCGGAAACUGCGAAAAAUGUCAAAUGUCGAAAUCGUCACCUUAAUUUCUGUGGUUACUAUAACCAUUCACUUUGCUACACUAUGGGGUUGCGCAUUUGAGAGGCGGUGGACUAUGCAAGAACAGCUAGAAAAUCACAUGAAACGUCAUAAGGCCUCGGAUAGGAAAAAGAUGGUCAUCGAUUUGGAAAUUGCGGAGCAGCUUAAAGUCAUUAAAUGGCCGACUUUUAUGGACAUUUUGCCUAUUGCUUUGGUCCGUGGAACCUUCAACUUCAUUUUGGGCUUCCCCACCCUUCUUGGAUUACUGAAAAGCAUCUUCUGCGAUUCUCUUGGGAAGGCGAAGAAAGAGUGGCAAGAACGAAGGGAAUUGAAGAAGGAGCAAGAGGAACGUAUCAAACGGAGGGAGAAACAGAAGAAAAGGCAGGUUGAACAAUCCAGGAUGCAGCAUCAGCGAAACCAGCGUGUCGAUUUCGAUGAUAUCGAUCCCUCCAUAUACCAGGUGACAAAUCUGGUUGUUAAGACCGAGGAGCUUCCAGAAAACACGAACCCUGACGAUGAGUCCAAAGACACUGCUUCAAAACCAUGGGGCCAAACUGAAGAAAUAGCCUUGAUCCGAUUGACAAAUAAGUAUCCCGGUGGUUAUCCCAACCGCUGGUCAAAAAUCGCCCAAGUUAUGGGACGAACUGUCAAUGAUGUCACUGCGAAAGCGACCGAAAUCGCCAGUAGUUUGAGCUCUCGGACUCUGUUAAGUCCUGUUCUAGAUGCUUUUAACGAAAUGGACCUGAGUGAAAAUGAAGAUGAAAGCGAGGAGGGGAAUGAGGAAGACGAUUACUACCUCUCGAAGCGGAAGGCAAAGAGGGCUGGGAUAAAUGUUUUUAAGGAACCGAAACAGGAGGAGAUAGCUGUUCCAGAUGUAGAAGAAAAGGAUGAAGAGCUAGACACCUACGUCAGUCGUAAAAAACAAAAGGCUUCCUCAAGGAGUAAACCUAUUGCUAUGGUGGUGAGUCAAGAGUCCAGUGGAUCGUGGACACAGAAGGAGCAAAAUCAGUUAGAAAUAGCGAUGAAUUCGUUCCCCAAGGAGACACCUCAUCGAUGGCAAUUGAUCGCUGAAUGUGUUCCUUCAAGAACAUUGGCUGAAGUAAUCGAUCGAGUGAAGUUUUUGGCUGAGAAUACUAAGAAAAACUGCAGACUCAUGAAUAAUUGA